AUGAGCACUGAUGGGCGGAGUGGGCUUCGGCCCGGCAAGGGGAACACCGAAGGGGUGACAGCUGGAAAGGCGAAGACGGAUGGAGUGGCAGUGACUCCUACUACUGCUGCUGCCUCGGCCUCCUGCCAGUACAGGUGCAUCGAAUGCAACCAAGAGGCCAAGGAGUUGUACCGAGACUACAGCCACGGCGUGCUGAAGAUAACCAUCUGUAAAUCCUGCCAGAAACCUGUAGACAAAUAUAUCGAGUAUGAUCCUGUUAUCAUCUUGAUUAAUGCUAUUUUAUGCAGAGCCCAGGCCUACAGGCAUAUUCUUUUCAAUACCAAAAUAAAUAUGCAUGGAAAACUCUGCGUGUUUUGUUUGCUUUGUGAAGCGUACCUGAGAUGGUGGCAGCUUCAAGAUUCGAGCCGGAGCAUUGAUCCUGACGACUUUAUCAGAUAUGCUAAAGAGUGGGAUUUCUAUAGAAUGUUUGCAAUUGCUUCUCUAGAACAAACUGCCUAUUUUACUGGCAUCUUUACUUUCCUGUGGGUAGAACGACCCAUAACAGCAAAAAAAACCCUCAACUUCGCUUUGCUGCUGAAAGCGUUGUUAUUAUCCAGCUACGGAAAACUCCUGCUCAUCCCAGCUGUCAUCUGGGAACAUGACUACACACCCCUGUGCCUCAGACUCAUUAAAGUAUUUGUCCUUACGUCAAAUUUUCAGGCAGUUAGAGUGACCCUAAACGUCAACCGCAAGCUCUCCUUUCUGGCCAUCUUGAGUGGCUUACUGGUGGAGAGCGCCAUGGUCUACCUCUUCCAGAGGAUGGCAUGGGCUGUUGGAAGUGACUGCAUCUAUAAAUCUCAAGACUUUUGA